AGGGAACAAACCUUUUCCGGAAAUAAUAACGUAUCCAUGGAUCGAACUGAUUAUUUGCGUGGCUUUACAAUAAUCGGUAGCAGCAGUAAAAGAACAGAGUAUCGCCCCUUUUUUCAAGCAUAUUAUAGCUGCGAUGAACAACUUGAAUAAGGAAGUCAUAUCUUGCAAUAUUUGUGUCCCUACAAUAACCUAUAAGCCUAGCAGUACUGCUGAAUGAGCUUCGUAUCAAUAAAAGAAGUCUCUAACGAAGAUCACAUCAAACAAUAAUAUUCCAGCUUGUCGGAGCUGAGUGUACACGCUCAUUUCUGACGCAUUUUAACAAGUACAUUAGCGCCCUUAUCCAUGCUUGGUGUAUGCAAUAACUUUACUAUACUAAUCUAAUGCUGCCGCCUCAGGGGCAUCAUAAAGUGCUAGGCUCAGGCUAUCGACCGCGCCAAAGGGUAGUUGUAUCAAUCAUAUUUCAGAUUGGCUUGAUAUAUUCAACUUGCCUGUUGCGGACUUUUGAUGUCCUUACAUUCAUCAGUAUCAAUUAUGCUUCUUUUACGGUCAUCGGUUUGGAUAUCUUUUGCAAUACAUUUUACACAGAGUUGUCAUAAACUGUAAAUGAAAAAGUCAAAAGGCGCAAAGUAUGAUAUCAAUGGCUGAAAAUAUAUUGGAAAAACCCCGUAGUUUAAUACAAACCUCAGCAAGUAUGGUUCAACAACGCUGUGGCUUCUGUUCCAUGGAAGAGGUUGCUAUAACAACGCGGAGAAAAAGACAGUCCUUCUGUAUACAAAAUCAGAAGCCGCAGCAACUUUUUGUUAAGGAGGUUUAAAGUGUUUCUUGCCUUCAACCUCUUCUUUUACAACCAUUCAAGAAAGCUGGAAGACGUGAAGGAAAAAAAAAAAAAAGAAAAAAACAAAAA